UAUGAUUGAGAUUAAUUUUAUCGAACGUCCAUUUGAUUAGCAUGAACGUAAUCUGACUAAUCAGAUUAACGAUUGCGAAUGAUUUCUUGCUCAUUUUACUGGCCUUAACAAUCUGUUGGCACAAUAUCUGCAUUGUUCAUGUAAAUUUUCUGUGCGUUUUCGCCAUGUCUGAAUGUUAUUUGUUUUUCUUCAGCUGCUCAGCAUUGCAUAUGCUAUAAUUCUGGUAAAUACGAUUCCGAGAUUUUUGUUUACGCAGUUACGGUCUCCGGCAUCCACAGCUACUCGACCGUGUUAUUCGUUCGGCUACCUGUCUACCACUUUACCUGCAUGUAAACCUUGUACAAUAUAACGUAUGAGUUACAGACACUUCAUAAUACCUAGGGAUAUACGAGGAAGCUCCGAAUUUCAGAAUUUCGACAUCGUGUCCAGUAUACUACAGUGGGGUAGGAUCCUUCUUAGACCACGUUAUGACUUAUUCGAAGGGGGUUGCAACCCCUAAAAUGAGGGUGCGCGGAUCGACGGCAGUCCGACGCAAGCGCCCGGCGCCCGGGACGCCGAGCGUCGUGCAGUGUGCGCGAGGUAGCUCUCCUCGACGGAUGCCAAUCCGUCGAGCCCGACGGAGAUGGCUGUGGCACGUGGUGCAUCUAGAGCUUUAUCAACCCUUUGACAAAGAAUCGGUCGAACUUGUUGAAGUAAAUAUGAUAUUACCCCCGAGUGACCGUGGGUGAUAAGGGAAUAUAUUUUUUGAUUUUUUCCCUCUGUUAAUCCCCCAGUUUUAAUCGCCGAGCAUGACAUCGUCGACCGUGAAAUGAGAAUAAUCAAUAUCAAGAUAAUGAUAAGCCGGCGUUGAAUAAAUAUAAAUAAAAUAUUGGGUUAUGCGGUGAAAUAGGGGUUGAAAUAAUAACGUUGUAAAAAUUAAAUUGACAAAUGGCGAUCGAAACGUAAUUCGCAAUAUCGUAACAAAUGAAAUUCACUCAAUCUUCUCCUUUCUUAUCAAAUUCAAUGUUUAUCUUGUAAGUAUUGAAAAGUGCAAUUUCAACGAAAACGAUAAUGGUUCUACGUCAACAGAUUCUUGUAACCGACACCAACGGAGCCCCGGGGGCUUUGCCAUCCACAAUGAAUUAACGACUCAAAGUGAUCGUCGAGGUCUAAAACUUGAAACUGGAACUGGAACUUUAGAUUUAUAUAUGCAUGUAUGCCAGUUUACGAUCGCGGAUCGAUCGCGUUCUAGUCUCGCUUCCAUUCAAUCUACGGAGCUGUGCAAAGCUCUAAAACUCACAACUGUGAGUACCUUACGCAAAUAUAAUCGCGCAUUGUGCGUACGUAUACUUUACUGGUGAUAAAAUUCAGAAUUUCAACUAAAACUAUUGCAAUGAAUUCAUUUAUCUAGGAGCAAAGUGAAAUAGCUAUACUGUACAUUCGUCCAUUAAAUGAGUUGUGCGUGGUGUUCGAAAUGAGUGCUGCAACUCCAAGGUGUAUAUCACGUAAAUCCGUCGAAGAGAAAUGGAUUAAUUCUACGCUGUGGGUUUGAGGAAAGUGUAUUCAGUGCCUGUGAAAGACAUGGAAUUAAUGAGAAUAAUGAGUCAAAGAAAGGUUCGGGAACAAUAUUUUCUUCAAAGAUUGGACAUUUCUUGGCAGAUUUUGAGGCGAUGUUAAGAAUGAAGUGCGUCGUUAGAACAUAGUAUUGGAGAUUGAUUGGGAUCAUGCCAGGGAUCGUAGUGUUCCGGCGCCGUUGGAUUGUCGGCAGUGACGAUCUGGUCGUUCCCGGCGUAUUCCUUUUUGUACUGCAUCUUAUAUGGGUGAUUGUGUUGGGAGUCCUAUUGGGGGUCCUAGAAUGGGAUCGCACAGUGAGUUGCAUCCUACUCCUGUGGGAAUACUUUCUCGGAUAUUUGGCAAUCCUCCUCGUCUCAAUUCUCGUCGAGCUGUCGAUCUGCGUCCUGGCUAUGAGAGGCAGUAUUCAGGACACCGCUCCGAGAGCUCCGAUGCAGUAUUUCCUCUAUUUUCGGCUGUUUGUUAUGGUCGUGGAGAUGGGGUGGCUUUGCGCAGGGAUCGCGUGGCUCGUCAUACACUACAAAACGUGUCCAGUUGAUCAAGCGAAAGAUUUUAUCUUGGGACUCGUGAUAUCGAACUGGUGCGUGUUGGCCUCGGUCUUGGUCACGGUAUGGUGCACGUUCGACGCCGCCGGCAGAUCCUGGGUAAAGAUGAAAAAAUAUCAGAGGAGUAUGCGUGAAGCGGAAUCACGAGGGGGUGGAAGAUUACACUACAAGCGCAGUGGGAGCAGAAACAGAAACUGGAGACAACGAAAAGUGAUACGCGCUUAUCAGGAUAGCUGGGACAACAGAUGUAGACUGUUAUUCUGUUGCAUGGGAAACUCCGACAGAAACAGGAAUUCAUUCGCCGAUAUUGCGAGACUCCUGAGUGAUUUCUUCCGAGAUUUGGAUGUCGUUCCAUCGGAUGUUGUUGCUGGUUUGGUUCUGCUACGUAAAUUUCAGAAAAUUGAGAGAGAGUUGAUAGUUAAACAGAGAAAAAAUGACACUUACGAAUUUCUCUCCGGCGUACCGGUUACGCCAAGGACAAAGUUUUUAUCUUUGACAGAAGACGGUGAUCUUGGUCACUUUCAGUCCGCAAUUCAUUACAUGCAUUUUGCCCUCGCCGCCUACGGUUGGCCAAUGUUUCUUAUUACCCAUUCCACCGGAUUAUGUCAACUCUGCACUAGGCUGAGGUGCGGCUGUUUUCCUUGUGGAUCACACGAGGACGAGGCGACAGUUGUCGACGACAAUUGUUGUCAAUGCAAUUAUGCAGCACUUCGUCGUAUGGUGGAAGUUGGGGAGAUGGAAGUUAUCUACGCGACUUACCACGUUGACAUUGGCGAGACCCCGUUCUUCGUCGCUUUAGAUUAUACGAGAAAAAAGGUGGUUGUCAGUAUACGUGGUACUCUUAGCAUGAAAGACGUGAUGACUGACUUGAACGCCGAGGCAGAAGUCUUGCCGUUAUCACCGCCGAGGGACGACUGGCAUGGCCACAAAGGAAUGGUUCAGGCAGCCGAAUAUAUACGUAAAAAAUUACACCAGGAAGGAAUUAUUACCAGAGCACUGGCGAAAGAUCCUGCUAGAGGAACGCAUCAGUUCGGUUUGACAUUGGUCGGACAUUCAUUGGGUGCUGGCACCGCGGCGAUUCUUGCGAUUUUAUUGAGACAAGAAUAUCCGGAUCUUGUGUGCUUUUCCUUCGCUCCACCCGGGGGUCUUCUUAGUAUGCCUGCUCAGCAGUAUACCCAGGAGUUUAUCACCUCCGUCGUAGUCGGCAAAGAUGUCGUUCCCAGAAUAGGAUUAAGACAAAUGGAGAGUCUCCGCGCCGACCUCAUGAACGCCAUUAAGAGGAGUGUCGACCCGAAGUGGAAAACUAUCGCAUGUUCGGUAAUGUGCUGCGGAUGUGGUUCGACGCCAACUUCGGCGGCAAAUUUAGAAGCUGGCGGAUGCAUCAGCGAGUAUCAAAGGGAUAAGGAUCAGGCUCGUUCGGAGGCUGCCAUUCCGAGCGGUUCCAGGAUACCGUUGACUUUACACGGGCCUUUGUAUCCUCCUGGAAGAAUCAUUCACGUUGUUCGUCAUCACCCGAACAAAAGCGAGCAAAAAUAUGAGUCCCGUUGGAGGCAGGUCCUGCGAAAGCGAGAGCCCGUUUAUCAAGCCCUCUGGGCAAGUCCUUCUGAUUUUGACGAGGUCCUUAUCAGUCCAGUUAUGAUACAGGAUCAUAUGCCGGACACGAUGCUCAACGCCUUGAAUAAGGUUAUAACGACGCUUGGUCCGGCCAAGCCGCAAAGGACGGGCACCUCGGCUCAUACAUCCUCAGCGGAGGCUUCCGAGGUCCGAGAAGUGGUUGAGAUUCAGGAAGCUGAAAUCGAGCAAGAGAUGAAGGCUCUGCUGUCACCGCCAAGUCCUAGCAAACUCCAAACAACGGCGGGAACACCUCCGCAUCGAUUAUGUCUUGAAACGAGCUUCACAUCUCUUCAAAGUCCAACUGAAUUGCCUCAAGGCGCAGCCCGCGAGCCCAGCGUUGACUCCAGGGGUCUAAGAUGGGAAUACGUCAGUCUGGCUAGUGAGCUCCUCAAAACCCCGAGGCCAAACGACAGCAAAUUACCCUGCCAGGUAUUAGGGGGGUGGGAGAGUCUGUCUGCAGCAUUGGCACCCCUAGCUACCCCAGAAACUUUAUCCGAAGCAUCGAGUGAUCCUCCGUCUCCGGUUCCUCCGGCUAGACCAAUGAGGCGGACGCCAAAGAUACCGGGAAACUUAUCGACGGCGGCAGACGACCUCAAGAAUAAUCUCCACUUUGCUAUGCUUUCCGCGAAGAAUUACUUUCUCAAAGAGGAAUCAAACAGCAGUCACAGCAGUGGGAACAGCGAAGCGAGCUACGAAAGCGCUAGAAGUCUUGACGUUGGACUUCCACCCCCGGUCCCGAGAAGAAGAGAUUCGGUCAUUGUCAGAAGAGAGCAUAGGGUUUGCACGGCAGCCUGUUGUAGAGACGAUAUUUCUGAAAAUUCAUCGUCACCAUCCUUAAGACUGUCUCACAUGUCGCACCCGGUCCGAGACGACUUCACCAAGGAUGAACACGACACGAACGGCUCAAGUCUAGAUUUCUACGAAGCUCAGGAUUCAUUGGGUCAACGGGAAAGCAGCAACGAAGUAUUCCUGAGCGUCCGUAGUUCUCCCGAGUGCAAGGGUCUCAUGAUGCCAGCGAUCGACCUGGGGGUCGAAUGGAAACGGAAAUUUGAUCCUCCCGGACCCGGCGGAGACGCCUCUCUGCCCCUUCUGCAUGGACUAUCGCCAACGCCUACCCACGCACAGCAUAAUUCGCCUUUCUUCAACGCGAAACGAAAGAAAUACGUCUAUCCGAUCACGAUGGUCGGCCGAGGUGAAAGUAGUGUAUAGUGUAUCACUUAUCAAACAUGGGACCACCGAUUUAGUCAGGGCGUAUAAAGGACAAGGAAUCGACAAACAAUAAUAAUAUUAAUAAAAAUAUGAAGAUGACUACAAUUCAAUAAAUAAAAAAGUACUAACAAUAAAAAUGAGACCUAGUGAUAUAAAACACGAAGUUACAACACCGUAUUGAUAUUGAUAGAGUGUCAAAAUGCAUAGUGUAAAUUCAUAAGACGAGAACUCAUUAAACAUUUUUUAAGAACAAUUGAAUUUGCUGCGUGUGAGGAAUGUUAUCAAUUCAGAAUAAAAAAAAUCUCGAAGAAAUUAUUAAUAAACUGAAAGCACAAUG